AUGCACUAACACAGCAGCGCCCAUGCAGCUCCAUGAACCAAGCCUGCAAACUGUUUCAGGGUGUGUGCAUGUGCCGGUCUUACUCCACGUUUGCACGUUAGUAGGGAGCUAAAUGGAGCUCAGGUGCUCUCCAAAGUCCUUGGAGGGAUGGGGGGGUGCAGGUUGGAAAUAAACUGAUAUUUGCAUUGCACCUGGAAAUUGAAGAGACUGAACUGGAAAAUAAAAAAAGAGAAGUCCUUUGGGUUUCUCACAGAAGAUCACAGGAAGUUGUUGGCAAACCAGCGUCAACCGAGACUUUUUCUUCUUUCAAGUAAGCCCAGAAGGAAAUUAAAUAUAUAUAUAGCACGCACACACAAUCUGUGGAGGAAAUUCAGACCCGCAGUUCAGACACAGUUGGGCAAACCUUCCCGCCGCUGGAAUUGGGAUGUCUCUGAAGCUGCCACGGAAUUGGGAUCUCAACCUGAAGAUGGACAUGUCUAAAAUAGUCCGCUCCCAGAGCAUGAUGGCCGUCGACCCGAAGGGCUCGGGGAGCUGGUCCCAUCCUCCCAACCUUCUGGAGCGGCCCCUGAAGGCCGGCUGGCUGAAGAAGCAGCGCUCCAUCGUCAAGAACUGGCAGCAGAGGUACUUUGUCCUGAAAGGGCAGCACCUGUAUUACUACAAGGAUGAAGAGGACCUCAAGCCCCAGGGAUCGAUACGCCUUCAUGGAAGUUCCAUCAGGGAGGUGGCAGCCACAGGCUCUGACGAAGUGGGGAGAUUUAUCUUUGAAAUCAUCCAAGGCGUCUCGGGAGACCAGAAUCGUGCGGGACAAGACUCCUACGUGCUGAUGGCCAGUUCUCAGUCUGACAUGGAGGACUGGGUGAAAUCUCUCCGCCGCACGGUGGGGUCUCCCUUAGGAGUGGUUUUUGGCCAACAGCUGGUGGAGACCAUGGUGUAUGAGCAGAAAUUUGGGAAGCAUCAGGUCCCCAUCUUGGUUGAGAAAUGUGCUGAGUUCAUCAGGAAGCACGGCCUGAACGAAGAGGGCAUCUUCCGACUUCCUGGCCAGGACAACCUGGUGAAAGAGCUGCGGGAUGCCUUUGACGCGGGAGAGAGGCCGUCCUUUGACCAAGACACAGAUGUGCACACAGUGGCUUCUCUGCUUAAACUCUACCUCAGGGAACUCCCUGAGCCUGCCAUACCUUGGACACAGUAUGAGGACUUCCUCUUGUGCGGCCAGCUUCUGACGGCCAAUCAGGCAAAGGGUCAUCGUCAGCUAGUGAAGCAGCUCUCUCUUCUGCCUCGGGACAAUUACAACCUCCUCAGUUACAUCUGCCGGUUCCUGCAUGAAGUCCAGCAGAGUUCUGCCACCAACAAGAUGAGUGUGGAGAAUCUGGCGACAGUGUUUGGAGUGAAUCUCAUCAGACCAAAGAUAGAAGACCCUGCCACCAUUAUGAGAGGCACUCCUCAGAUCCAGAAAGUGAUGUCAACCUUGAUCAGCGACCAUGAAAAGCUUUUCCCCAUAUCGAAAGACGUGGCUCCUGCUCCGCCUCCGCAGAAGAGCGACUCCAAUAAAUCUCCAGUUCCUCGCAGCUCCGUCGGCUGGGAUGCUGCCCAGAGGCCGCUCAUGGCCAGGGCGGGGAGCAGGACUCUCCUGCGGCAAAUCAAAGACGACCCUGACGCCUCCAUCUCCGAAUCGGCUGCCAGGUCAGCUGAGGCGGCAGAAGGUAACGGGGAGAUGCAGCCCAGCGACGUUCUGGGGACAUGGACAGAAGAGCCCAGGAAAAGGACUCAGACACUACCCAGCAGGAAAUGCUUUUCCUUCCUUUCCUCCAACAGAGGGAACCAAAGCACGGAUGGAAAUGAGAUUUUCAACAGUGAAUUUUGGUCCUCACCUUCCCCAGCUGGCCUGCAGCCUGUUUCUUCUACAGGUGCCCACAAAAGGACACUCUCAGGGGGACUGUCCAAGUGGUUCAAUCUCCCACAGGCUUCCAGCUCCCACACCCCCAGUGGUUCAGCGAUGGAAACGAGGAAGGAGGCCCACAAUGAGAGACCAUUGGACCAGAUUAGUGAAAUUUCAGGACAGGGUUCUCCAAUACAUGACAUUCCUCAUCCUGGGCAGAACGGGGCAGUGGUUGCAAACCCCAGUCCUGAAAACAGGGGCUGCCAUUCAGAGGACCCUGAGGUGCUUAGGAAGAUGAUUGUGGAGCUGAAGGAGGAGAUGGAGUCACAGAAAAAGGACUAUGAAGAGCAAAUUAGGAGCCUCGAGAAGGAGAACUAUGAGGUCUGGGCCAAAGUGGUAAGGCUGAACAAAGAGAUCGAGGAAGAAAAGAAUAGGUUUGCUGAGCUGGAAAGUAAGCUUCAGAGCGUCGAGCGUUCCCAGGCUGACGUUGAAAAGAAGAACAAACUUCUGGAGAACUCCAUAAAGUCCAUGAUCCAAUCUGCAACGAAAACUGACUAAGGGGAAGGGCCGCUCAUUCUGAACAGAAACUAGCCAUGCUCCUUGCAGAGCAGGGGGCGGUCAGAGGCUCUUUUGAGCACCGUGCCUGCCUUUCUUCCAAUGGCCUGAUGUGCUGGGUCACGGGUCAGGCCUGGUGGAGACUGGGGGGUCCCAAGCGGCUGAUAGAUGCUCUUAGGAGAUGUGGAGAGCUGCAGGCUGCAACGUCCUCCCACGCCCAACUCUCUUCGCAAUAACAGCACAGCAGCUUCAGGCCAUUUUCCUUCCUGACCCCCAUUGAUUAAACAUCCCGUUCUUGUGGCCAAACUGCAAGAGCUGCCACCCCAGCCUUCUUUCACUUGCUGGCUUUUUGUGUGUGUUUCCAUUCCAUGUUAUAUUUAUUUUGCCAGGACAGAGUUCAGCCCUCCUUUUAAUCCUGCUUGAUUGCAGGACUAUGCAUGGGGUUCCCAUAACCCAACUCAUGCAAAUAAGAGACCAAUGAGGCUGGUUUUUUGGGUUAAAACAGGCCACAACUUUAUUGAACACAGAUGAAAGAGGUUUGGCUUAGGCAUGGGGCAAUCAAAAUACUUCCGACCCACCCGCCGGAAGUGAUGGAUGGCAAUUCAGACGGGGGUUCCUAAGACUUACAUC